UAUGACAACAAAAGUAUCUGAGUUGUAUCCCUGUCCCCAGAAGGGGUUUAAAAAAAGAAGAUCGAGUCGCAAGAACAUGCUCCUAGUUAACGUCACUCUGGAUAGAAUGGAAACAAACCAGCUGCCCCUAAGGAUUCACGUUAUCCAACGCUACUUAUUUUUAAGAGAACAAUUUCCAAAGAAAGUACUGAAGGAUCUCGUCGCUUGUCCUUUAAUGUCCAAAACUUUCCAAUUAAAAUGCAUAACAAACAAUGAAUUUUCCAAUGUCAGUUGUAUCCUUUCCGGAAUCUUAAUUCCUUGGAGAAAAACUGGCUUCAAAGUCAUCAGUGACAAAAGGAUGAUGUUUCAUGUCAAGAAGUAUGAAAAAAAGUACAUAGCAUUGAAGAAAUCCCAGAAAAAAAUUGGAAUUGGUUAUCUUGAGACAAGAAAUAAAUUUGAGAAAUCAAUGACAGGAUUAUUUUGGGCUGGAGAAGACAUUACGCUUCUUGAACGUAGUUUAAAGACUGAUAGGCUAAGACUGGAAGCAGAUAAGAUUGAAGAUUUAACUUUCAUACGGGACCAGCUAAGUUGCAGAAAGAUGGUGAUUGGAGCGUUGGACUGUCGGUUUGUAGAUGUUAGUAAUAGAUCUGCAUCAAGAAAUAACUCUAAAACCUCUGGUAUAGUAAAAAAAACUUUCCAUGAUUUCUCCGGAUUUGCCUCUGAAAGUGAAAUGAUUACUGAUGACUCUAAUGAUACAUGUUCCGAAGAUGAUUUUAAGAUUGGUAACGCAUCAACGAAGAAGACAGUUAAAAGUAUGACUCUAAAGAUACCAAAAGACAUUUUUUCAAAAACUGCCAGAACUGCUAUUGGGAUGGGAAUAUCUACUAACCAGGCAACAGCACUUAUCUCUUCUUUUCUUUGCAAUGCCGGUGGAGAUAUAGAAAAUGUAACAUUAUCUCACAGCUCAACUCACAGGAUUUUUGAUACAAUAAUAAGAAAUGAUGCUGGUGUUCUUAGAGCAAACAUAACAAGUAUGGUUAAGACGAGCGGUAAACCCAUCAUUGUGCAUUUUGAUGGCAAAAUUAUCAAAGAUUAUACGGGUAGCAUAGAUGAGACAAAAGACCGAAUUUGUAUGCUUAUAAGGCAUGACAAUCAGACCCAUCUGUUAGGCGCUCCAGGGUUGAAACAUGGCAGUGGUGAGGCUCAGUUCACAGCAAUUCAAAAUCUAUUAGAUUCUUUUGAUCUAGGGCAGUUCAUCCACGGAGUUUGUUUUGAUACCACUGCUUCAAACACUGGCUAUUUAAAAGGAGCUUGUGCAAGAUUAGCUAAUUUUCAUGGCCGACCAUUGCUCUUGUUAGCCUGCCGCCAUCAUGUAGGAGAGCUCCAUAUAAAACACUUUUGCAAUGAAGUUGCAGUAAACAAAUCUGUUGGACCAGAGAAUCAACUAUUUAAAUCUCUAAAGCAGAACUGGCAUGGUAUUGAUGCAAACAACGAGAAGAUGCUGUUGAAAUUUAAUCACCAGAAUGUUAAGGGUACCUGGUUGGAGACGCAGGCUCUAUUGGCGCUAAAAAUUUGCAAGGACCUGAUAGAUAAAAACAGGUUAAGAAACAGUCAGGAUCAACGAAACUAUUGGCAGAUGUGCCAUUACACUGCGUAUGAGCCUGCCGCAGAAGUGGUAUUAAAAUCAUGGCGAAACCAUAUGUGGUAUUUGGCUCCAUCAACCGUGGUGCUGGCGCUAGCAUGUUCUAAUAAAGAUCACUACAUCGAAAUGGAAAAGAUGGCAAAAGUUCUUUAUUCAACCCAACGGAGUGGCAUUAAUAAUGUAGGAACGGUUAGAACCAAAUCUAAAAUCCUUUCGGAUAGCAGUUUGUUGUUUAAUAUAGAUCAACCACCAGGUCUUGAAUCAUAUAUUUCGCCAGAUUCCUGGUUAAUUUUUGAUAUCCUAGGUCAUAUUUCUGAAAAAUGUCUAUGGAUGAAACUCCCUCAGAUUUUUUGGAAAGAAUUUCCAGGAUACAAUGAGUUUCAAAGCUUCGUAAAAUCUGUCGAAGUUGUUAACGACUCAUCAGAACGUGCAGUAAAACUCAUUCAAGAUAAUGUAGAGCGUGGGAAGAGCGAGGAAAAACUUCAGAACCUUCUCCAAAUGAAAAACUCUUGGAAAAAGCCAUUUAAAAAGACGAAGAAUGGAUACAAAGAGUCAGUUACAACGCCUGCUCCCUCGCUACUGGCUGUGAGUUAAUAAUUCAAAACCUUUCCAAUAUCUCUAUUAAUUAGAAUUACCUUACUGUAGACUCUAAACCUUGAAAAUGUAUUUAAAAAAAAACUAAAUUAUGUGAUUUUUAGAGAUAUGUGUCUUAAAGGAAAGAAUUUAUUAUAAAUAUAAUAAAUAUAAUAGCAGCUACGGCAGUACUUAGAGUUCUUACUUUAAUAUCGGAGGUCCGAGGAUUGAUGCCGGUUUAGUCAUAUAAACGACGUUUACUAGUAAAAAAUUUUCCUGCGGUGCUCUGCGAUGAGCACUUAAAAUUUAAUGAGAAAAUGAAAUAACGCACAAAAUCUAAGUAAAUCUUUUCUGAAAUUUAUGAACACAUUUUGAUCUAGUUAAAACUACAGCAAAAUAUUUAAAGUCCUAUAACAAGUCUUUUGGCGGUAACCAUUUUAAGUUUGGUUUUGUUUAAUCUUAGACUCCAACAAUGGUAUUUUUUUUAAAAACAUCAUUUGAUACAAAUAAGAAAUAAAAAAAAAAAAUAUUGCACCAUGUCUGAAAAUGAACUCAUAGAUCAACAAAAUGGAACUUUGAAAUAACACAAAUGUUGAUUUUUCUAUCAAAAUCAGUGAACGGUAGGCAUUUUGCAUUUCUUAACUCAAAAAGCACAGUGUUUUUUUGGUAUGGGAACACAUGAAGAGAAUAUAAAUGAAAAAACUAACUGGAUUCGACAUCAGAAUCGAUUCGCGCCGUUGUGUUGAAAACUGCUCAAUUUUGGUCAUAAAUUGCCUAGUGCGUAACCUCGAACGACCGGCGCGAAUACUUCUAACAGAAAAAAAUUAAAAAUAAAAAAAUUUGACUUAUAAAUAUGACCUCUAGGCCACUCCUUAGUGACUCCGCACGUAAUUUGGUUGUCAAAUAAAAAUUAUAGGAUGGCCUACCAUACAUAGUGCAGAAGAAAUAAAUAGCAAAACAAAGACAUUUCGUUUUUUAUUUUGUAAUAUAUAUAUAAAAAAUAUAUAAUAGAAA